UUUACCCUGUCUGGCAGCCUAGUGAUUGACCGUCAAGUAACCUUCCCUGAGCAAACACCAAAGCCACUGGAAUCACCCAUCUCCAAUGCCUUCUCUUACCUUGUGCUGCUGCAUUAUUGGAACAUUGCUAUACCUGGUAUAUGAAAGUAUGUCACUGAGGUGUGAGGUUUGUAAACUUUCUGAGCCUGAUUGUUCUGGGCCGAUACAAACUUGUUAUGCUUUCUUAGACCGGUGUGGGACUUUCCAAUCAUCAAACAGCAGAGGAGGAAAAUUUCUGACAAGAAAAGCCUGUGUCCAAUCUAGUAGCUGCAAUACAAACGUCACCAUUCUUAACCUUGGUGCAGUAGGAACCGUCUCAUCCAGGCUGACCUGUUGCCAUGGUCUUAGUUGCCUGAGGAGUUUGCCCCCCUUUCCACCUCUCAACACAACACUGAAUGGGAAGAAAUGCAAAAGCUGUUCUUCUACAGGAAGUACUUUUUGCUUUUGGGAAGAGUUCAUUAACUGCAGAGGAGAACAGACGUACUGCCUUGAGAUAGCUGGACUUGCCGACUGGGGCGGAUUUGGCACCCUGGAAACGAAAGAUGAGCCAAUCUCCACGAGAGAGUUUGCCUUCAAGGGCUGCGUCAACCAAGCGUUCUGUGAGGCAUUUCAUGAGGGAUCUGUCUACUUCGGCACGCUGUUUCUAAUGGGUGCAGGAAGCUGCAAGCCAGCCCCUGAGAACGCAACAGCUGUGCAAUCACAUGGAUCCUUCCUACUGGUGUUUGCUGGAUUCUUAUUUGUUGAGAUCCUCGCUUGAUGAUUUCCCUCCAGCACCUGAAUCCUGCUUGAGACACUUUCUCCUUGUCAAUUUCUUUGGCCCUUAAGCCUUAUGCAGAUUGUAGUUUUUAUAGAAUAUGAAGAAUUCAGAUGAUAUAAAAAUAUAUAAAUGGUCAUUUCUUUUGCGCCCUUGUGGCCCUCCAGAAGGAUCAAAACAAGGUGGGACUCAGUUGCUAUUAUAAAACAGUG